UCUUCCUUCAUUCGUCUUCUCCCACUAGAACCGGAAAAUUAGACUUGAAGCAGAAGGGGUGUGACUUGUGUGAGUGCGUGAGGACCGUAUUUCUCUCUCUCUAUCUAUCUUCGUUAGAACUGUGUCUACUCGGAAUGAAAUCGUCAUUAGGAAAGCUGAGGAAAUUUGCUCUUAACAGGAGUGAUGACAAGGACAAGAAAGAGCCUCAACGCAUGUUGCGUUUGGAUGAACUCGAUCAAGCUUCUCAGGAUAUGCAAGACAUGAGAAAUUGCCAUGACAACUUACUUUCUGCAGCUGCUGCAGCCACAAAUAGUGCAUAUGAACUUUCAGAGUCAUUGCAAGACAUUGGUGCCUGUUUUGUGGAGAAAGCUGCAUUGGAUAAUGACGAUGAAAGCUAUAAACUAUUAUCUAUGCUGGGAGAAGUUCAGUUUGACCUUCAGAAACUUUUUGAUACAUAUCGCUGUCAUAUACUCAUGACAAUCACAACCCCGUCAGAGCGUCUAUUGAAAGAUCUUCGAACAGUGGAGGAUAUGAGACUACAAUGCGAUGAGAAAAGAGAAAUAUAUGAACAUAUUGCGGCUCAAUACCAAGACAUAGGGAAGUCAAGAGGUGGAAAAGGGGAAAGUUUAUAUUCACAACAAUUACAAGCUGCUAAGGAUGAGUAUAUUGAUGUGGCAUCCCUUUGUAUCUUUCGGUUGAAAUCUUUGAAGCAAGGGCAAUGGCACAGUCUGUUAACGCAAGCUACUCGUCAUCAUGCUGCUCAGAUGAACUUCUUUAGAAAGGGGCUUAAAUCACUGGAAGUCAUUGAGCCACUUUUAGAAAAGGUCACAAAAAUGCAACACAUAGACUAUCAACUUGAUGGGCUUGAAGAUGGAGGAAAUGGGGCGGAUGCACAUGUUAAUAAGCCAUCAUUUGAUACCAUUUCUGGAAUAAGAAAUUUUAUGGAACCUUGCAAGCUGGAAUCUUGGCCAAGCAGAAGCAGCUAUUCUGCACCAAUAUUUCCAGAGAAAAAACUUAAUACAGGAGACAAGAUCAGAGACUUUCCGCAUGUACCUGCAAGGAAAUCUCAUUCAUAUGUAUUACCUACACCCGAUGAUGCAAAAAGUAUGAAUUCAGCUAGAGGAAAUAGCUCAGUUCCAAAAUCUAGGCCAGUGAACCUUAGCGGAAGCUCCCAAUCUCUAUGGCAUUCAUCCCCAUUACAACUACAACCUCAAACAAAAGACAAAGAUUUCAUAGAUCUUAAUCCUUUAGGUUUUGCUAACUCUGCAUCCAAACUUAAAGAAAGUAGUAGUGCAGUUCCAACACAACAACAUUCCAAGAGGCAAGCCUUUUCUGGUCCAAUUUCAAAUAAAGCCUCAGGUACAAAGGCCCAUGUAGUAUCAGUCAGUGGCCCAAUUUCUAAUACUGAACAUCCCCAAAAAGCUUCUUCACCUAAAAGAAGUGAGCUCCAUGAACUUCCAAGGCCUCCUGGUAAUAAUCCAGUGGGAGCCCCUAAGCCAGUAGCUUCUUCCUCAAGUGUGUAUUCUUCGGGUCCAAUAAAUAGAACUCAUGUUGCCACUUUCAGUAAUCCAACCCGUCUGCCAACUCCUCCAGCUGUUCAACGAAGCUUCUCUAUACCCUCCAUCAAUCAGAGGGCUACGGCAAUACAUAUGGCCAAACUAUUGGAAUCUCCUCAACUUUCUGAAAAUGCCGAGGAAGUAAAUUCUCCUCCGCUGACUCCUAUAUCUCUUUCAAAUAUCAAGCCAUUAUCAACUGUACCAGAAGUAGAUUUUCAAUCGAACGAGCUCAGAAGUCGUUAGCUGGUUUGAUGGCUUUUCUCUUAUCCUGUAAAACAAGAGAUUUGAUGCAUUGGUCAAAUGUUUUGCUAGUCAGGUCACACAGCUCCCCAAAUUUUGUUUCUCAUGCAUUUGGCUUCAACUGAGGAAUUUCACAUGAAUUUGUAAUCCCCAAAAGGUUGAUAGUAACUUAUCAAUUAAUUUUAUGCCUUCUAUUAGUGUCUGCGGGUUGACAUUAAUUGGAGAAAAAAGGAAAAAAAUACGGUUUGAUAGGUUUGAGAAGAAACGUGGAGCAGCAGACACUGCAAGCAGAUGAAUGAUCAAACACUCGAUGAGGACGGUAUGGUUUAUUUUCUCUUUAUCCUAUAUUUUGUUAUAGAAAAAUCUAUUUUUUUUGUCUUUUUUCUUAGAACUAUGUUGUGUUCUGAUUAUUCAGAAAUAGUUUGCGUCAACAUGUAAAGGCAGUUUAUAUUUUUAUAUAUUAUCUGGGUGGAACAUAUCCAUAAAGUUUGAAGA